ACAAUGAAUCUGUACUGCUUAAAUAAUUUCGUUGAUUAUUCACUUGCGAUACACCAACCUCUGAAGCACAGUAAUCGCAUCAAGUAUACUUGCUUUGAUAUAUCGGAGAACUACAUUGUGCUAGGAGCAUCCUCGGGAUCCUUAUACUUGUUCAACCGUCAGGGCAAAUUUUUGCAUCUCAUUCCAAGUAAACAUGGAGCCGUGAAUCAUUUGUCAAUAUCGGCCAACGAAAAAUAUGUCGGAUUCUCGACCCAACGUUCAGUGGUGUGUGUGUAUGUCGUUAAUUUAUCGGCACAAUCUGUACCGCAAGUGAUUUUUACGAAUUUGUGCAGUGAUGCAUCCGUCCAAGUCACUUGUAUGCAUUGGACGCAGGAUGAAAAGCAAUUCUACUAUGGCGACUCUAAGGGUCAAGUUAAUUUGGUGCUCCUGUCUACGUUUAUUGGGACCACACUUAUAAAUAUGUCCAUCCAUCCGAUACUAUUUUUGGAAUCGCCCAUUGUUCAAAUUGAUGACUUCGAAUCGCUUUUACUUGUUUCGAACUGUACUAAGUGUAUUUUGUGCAACACUGAAUAUGAGGAAUACAAACAGAUUGGAAAUAAACCUAGAGAUGGAGCAUAUGGUGCCUGUUUCUUUAUAUCUUCGAACGAAACUCAGCAGCCAUCUAGAAUUUAUUGUGCCCGACCCGGUUCGCGCUUUUGGGAGGUAGACUUUGAAGGUGAUGUCUUACAAACGCACCAAUUUAAGUUUGCCUUGGCAUGUCCACCAAGCAAAAUACAUAAGGAUUCUGACAAUGAAAACGAUAAUAUUUGUGGCGAUAAUGAGGGCAACGAUGAAAUGCUUGAUUACCAGCCCCAAAAUCUGCAGUUCGGCAGAAUUCAGAGACUCAAACAGGACUUCUUGGUUUCUUUUACUGAGCUGGGGUUGUACGUCUUUGAUAUGCGAAAUUCCAGCGUUGCUCUUUGGUGUAACCAGUUUGAACGAAUAGUAGACUGUCGUGUUGUUGGAAAGGGCGAAAUUGUCGUAUUCACGCAAACCGGUUCCAUGUAUUCGGUGCAAAUGAACACAUUGCAAUCACAGGCAUCUUCACUUGUGCGACAAAAUAAAUUGCUGGAUUGUGCGUGGUUAAUGCGUCGAAACGUAAAGUACUUUGCCGACAAGGCAAGGGAGGACUUCGAAUUGGGUUUGCUGAACCAGAUAAAAGAUUUUCUCAUGGAUCGGCAUCAGUACGAGCUGCUCAAUGACUUGUCCGUUAUUUUCGAUGCAAUUACACAGUGUGAAAGUAGCGGCGACAAUAACAGUUCUGGUGGCAGUUCCGCAACUGCCGACAGAAGUUGUAGUGCAUCGGCAAUACCAAUGCAAAGAAGCACAGAGGAAAGUUCACCGCAAGGAAUUUACGUGUUAGAAAAUGCCUUUUGUGAUAACCUCAAGGCUCAGAAGGGAGAAAAACAUUUUAAAGACGCCUUGUUAACGGUAACGGGCAAAUUUGGGAAGAACAUUAUCAAAUACAAGUUUAAUAUAUUUGCCGAAGAACAACAGAAACUAGUGAGUGAUCUGAUACCUGCAAACGAGCGAUCUCUACCUUUCAAGGAUAUCAAGGCCAUGUAUGAAAACGACGAGGAGAUUGUGUGCCGUGCAAGAAAGACGUCGUCUUCGCCAUCGCCCAGCACAUCUCAAUCUUGUCGCAAUAGAGUUAAAGGCUCUGGGACAGGGCAACACAUUACUGCUGAGGAGAAAACCAUUUACAACUUGUAUUUGAUUUGUAAGAGCUCUAAAUUUAGUAAUACGAAUUUUGUCGAACGUUAUCGUUCAUUGUUCGACGAAUAUUCGGCACCAGAAUUAAUCUCAUUGCUUGACAAACUGUCCAAAGUAAUGGUCGAGCAUGGUGAUGACCCGGAGCAAGCUCAACGGCACUGCUACGAAAUGUACUUUCAUUAUUUGAACCCCGAGCUAAUAUGGGAAAUGGACGAUGCUUCUAGGGACUACAUAACGCAAGGAUUCGUUUUGUUGAAUUCCUCGGAUGAUAUUGUACGUUGUGACAAUUGCAUGUUCCCGCUGAGAUUCGACAAUUCUUGCGUGUUCCAUGAACUUGGUUCAGUGUUGUUGCGCUACUACUGGUCACGCAAUGAGCAAGUCAAAUGUUUCGAUGUUUUGACCCGUGUCCCAGCCCUAUUUGACAUUCUAGCCAAAUUGUACUUGGCCGAGUACAAUAUGGAUAAAGUCUUGCCAAUUAUUUUAAACUAUGGACAGCCGGACUUACUCAUUGAUAUGGGGAAAAGUUUCUCACCGAACGCUUGGGCAAAAUGUUUCGAGCACUUUGUGGAUUUGCAUCGUGGCAGAUUAACGUGCAUAAAUUGCGAGUGCAUUACAACAGUUGAAAAUGUCAAUCGUCACUUCUUCUACACAUGGAAUUGUUUCCUGGGCAUUGCCUUGGAAUACAUGCAGCCCGAGGAAAUUCUUUCACUUAUUUUUAAAUGGUCAAAUUCUAUACCUAGUGAUGCCAUAGAUCGUGAGUUUUACUUACGUUGCCUACUGAAAGGUUGACCAU